UUUUUUUUUUUUUUUUCAGGUGUUUACUUGUGUGCCUGUCAUAUAGUUCCAAUAUGGGCCCUAUGGGAGAUUCUUUUGCAGGUCUCAUCAAUGAAAUGAGUGAAGGAGAUCUACCAAAUUUGAUUUUGAGGGUACUUGACCUUCUCUCUCAUCAAGUUUCACCCAGCAUCAUCCAGACAGACAAGGUGCUUGUGACACUGGUGUUCAAGUCAACCCAAUAUCAGACUGAAGAAGUGCAUCUUCAAUUGUCAGAGCUGGCACAAUUCUUCAAAAAGGCAAUAUUUGUUGUGAUGAAACCAUCAGCACUGGAGGAGGAUUUGAGAGGAAAGGGUGUUGAUGAGAAAAGAGCAAAACUGAUAUCCAACCUUUGGAAUGAAAAGGCCCAUAUCUACAUCUUACCCCUCAAAAAUGUGUCAACUGCAAGUAAACAGCUUGAGGAUGUGAGACAUGAGUUGAGGGUUACAUCAGCAACCAAUCUUCAAAGUCAAGUGCUUGCCCCCUGUGCAAUUUUAGAAUUCAAUCUUAGGAAUUCAGAGCAGGGUGAGAAAUUCCAUGUCCAGUUCUCCCAUGAAGAACUAUUCAGCUUGUAUAAUCAAUUGGAGAGAAUGCAGGAACAUUUGGACAAGUUAUAUUGAGCCAUCAAUUGCAGAAAUGGUCUAUGAGGUAUGGUGAUGGCCAAUGGAUUGGGAUUAGAACCUGGCCAAAAAUUUUCCUCAUUCCAUAAUGCUACUAUUGUGAUAUCUAAGUUUAAAAUCUAAAUCUUUAUUCAUCUAUAAUAAAGUGUAUGAUAUCCAUAAUGAA